AUGGAUAGCAGGAAGAAUUAUAGUGCAGUAAAUUCUUUUAACCGGUCUAAUUUCUUUGAUGUAUCUUUUACUUUCGAGAGCUUCAACAAUGUCAAGCAAUGGUUGAGUGAAGUAGACCGAUAUGCAAGUGAUAAUGUGAACAAACUUCUUGUUGGAAAUAAGUGUGAUCUCACAGCACAGAAGGUAGUUUCCACAGAGACAGCUCAGGCUUUUGCUGAUGAGAUUGGCAUACCUGUCAUGGAAACAAGUGCAAAAAGUGUCACUAAUGUAGAACAGGCUUUCAUGACUAUGGUUGCUUCAAUCAAGAACAGAAUGGCAAGCCAACCGGCAAGAGCGGUUGCUGUUAAUCUUGAAAGGACGAAGCUCUGUUGCCUUGAUGAUGAUUCUGAUGUGGAUCUGUGGUGA